CGCCGCCCGACGGGACCCGAGGAGUCGAGCUGCGCCCCCUUGCGGCCGGGCUGUGCGGACGUGCGUGGGACGCCACCCGCGGCCCAGGGAUCCCCAGAGAUGAAGUUUGGCUGCCUCUCCUUCAGGCAGCCUUAUGCUGGCUUUGUCUUAAACGGAGUCAAGACCGUGGAGACGCGCUGGCGGCCCCUGCUGAGCAGCCACCGCAACUGCACCGUCGCCAUCCACAUAGCUCACAGGGACUGGGAGGACGACACCUGGCGGGAGCUGCUGGUGGACAGGCUGGGGAUGACUCCCGCCCAGGUGCAGGCCCUGCUUCGGGAAGGGGAGAAGUUUGGCCGGGGAGUGAUAGCUGGGCUCGUUGACAUUGGGGAAACUUUACAGUGCCCUGAAAACUUGAGUCCCGACGAGGUUGUGGACCUGGAGAAUCAAGCCGUGCUGAGCGACCUGAAGCAGAAGUACCUGACCGCGAUUUCCAACCCCAGGUGGUUACUGGAGCCCAUACCUAGGAAAGGAGGAAAGGACGUAUUCCAGGUAGACAUCCCAGAGCACCUGAUCCCUUUGGGGCGUGAGGUGUAACGAGUGUGGGCUCCUGAGAGGAACGUUGCUGAGAAGCCAGCUAAAUCAUGAUACCUUCAACAUCACUAUUCAGACCUAUAUACGCUGGGCUAAGUCGGCAUUGCCACCGCAUGGGAGGGCGCCACCCCCUCGGUGCUGUUCACACAUGCAGGUUUCCUCACUCAGAUGAAG